AUGAGUGCUUUAAAUUUGGAUCGUUUGGCGGGAUUUUAUGAUAAAAAGGACUGGCAAAGUUGCAAAAAGGAGCUUGUCAACUUGAAAUUGGGUUUGGCAAAAGAGAAUCUGUUCCUACCUACCAGUAAUAGAGAGAAGAGUAUCUUUGCAAGAAAUGUGUUCGAAUAUGGUGUACUAGUAUCGAUUCAGACGUCAGAUAUUGAGGCAUUUGCACGUUAUGCCAGUCAGGUCGUUCCCUUUUAUCAUGAUUCGGCUCUUGCUCCUUCCCCAAGAAUGGGUAUGGUGACUGCACUCAACCUUUUGUAUUUGCUUUCGGACAACCGCAUUGCAGAAUUCCAUACUGCCCUUGAAUCUGUGCCAGAAAAGUCAUUAUUUGAAAAAGAUGCACACGUCGUAUGGGUCAUGUCGUUGGAACAGAAUGUAAUGGAAGGCGCCUUUGACAAGGUCGCAUCGAUGAUCCAUUCUUGCGCAUUCCCUGAAUUCAGUUAUUUUAUGAAGAUCGUCAUGACUAUGGUCCGUAAUGAAAUUGCAUCCUGCGCUGAAAAAGUGUAUACCACGAUACCUGUUUCGAAUGCGACUAGCUUGUUGUAUCUUCCAAACGCAAAAGAGACCGAGGCUCUGGCUGCAGAACGUGGAUGGAUCAUAAAAGAGGGCAUACUUCAUUUCCCUAGUGAAAGCAGCACUGUUGAUAAUGAAGAUGCCAUGAUGUUGGAUGAAGAUCAGCAAUUAGAGCUUCCUCCUACAGCAGACAAACAUACCAUCCAAAGUGUUCGCCAGCUUUUGCAGUACGCAGCAGAGAUGGAACAAAUUGUUUAA